GCGGAAUCCAGCAAGCCGUGCCUCAAAUGGACCCUGACAACUUCUUGGCCAACAUUGUCAUGCUGAUGGCCCAGGAGCUCGUCGAUAGGGACGGAACGUGGCACCGGCGGACGUCACAGCAGCACAACGGGGACCUCAGUUAUGACGACAAGGUUUUAUUCGUGCCGACAAUGUACCUCGUCGGCGACAUGCUUCACGCCGAAGCCUCCGAUCCCGUGCUCGAUUACUCCACAGUGGGCGUAAGGGUACUGGCCGCGUGGGCAAAUAUCCUGGUAGAUCAGAGCCCGUCCCUCAGUUCCAAACUGGCAGCGCUGAAAGAAUGUGCGAAGGGCCGGAUAAACACCAUUGAGGAAUGGCCGGGUGGUAGAGGCCUUCCCGAAGGCAGCCUCCGCUGGAUGCUUCUCGUACGUUGGGCGCUCGACGUGGCGCUUAUCGCUGCCCGUCGGCGCCAUCCCGAAUACACGAGCAAGGUCGUGGACACCAUGUCUAGGGACCAACUCUUCUUCCGCCGCUUUUGCCAGACAACGUGCGGAGACGCCCGAGCGGCUGCGCUCUGCGACUACGGCACGCGAAAUUCGGUGCUGUUCGCCAACGCAUUUGGAUGCCAAGAAGCCUUGCCGCUCGCCUGUUAGUGAGCGACCACAUCGGACUUGGCGUUGUUUAGCGUAGCGGGGUGCACCGGUGGGAUGGAAGCGGGAGAAAGGCAGAUACGAUUACUGCGAAUAUUG